AACUCGAGCGGAAAAUACUUUCGCUACAUAAGAUGGUUGAUGAUCGCGGCCGGUAUGUGGAAAAUAGAAGAAGAAUUUCCGGCUCCCAAGAAAAGACUUUACUCUUUUUACUCCAUAAUGAUACAACUAAUUUGUACCUCGCCGAUUAUCUCUAUAGCUCUAGAAGUGCCUGCUUUAUUGCAAUCAGAUCCAGCUGCAGCAGUUGGUAAUAUCGGCCUGCUGGUGUUCCUCGGGACGGUAAUCACCAAAAUGUUAAUGUGUCAAUCGAAGCCAGUCAUUGAACUUCUUCGAACAGCCUUACAGUCCGAAUUUCACUUAGCUGCAAGCGCCAGUACUGAUGUGGGAGCAAUAUACAGGUUUCACACGAAACUAAACAACUACUUUAUCACUCUCCUUAUUACGUGUAUAUUAUUCAUGGGAGUAUGUGUUGCUACGUUUGGUGACCUCAACUGCUACAAGUACUUCAAACGAUACAACAAUGCGACUGAGAAACCUGUAAUUUUGAAUUAUUGGUAUCCUUUCGAUAAAAAUAAGUAUUACGUGCUUGUCUUGGUGGAUCAGAAUAUUCGACCAACUCUAGGAGGGCUUUAUGCUGCUAUAGUAAACGCGUUUGUCAAUUCCAUUAUAGUUUUCGUGAGACUCCAACUCAAACUACUCCAGUACAGUUUCAGAAACUUUGACAAAUUAGAACCGAAUGAACAUAACGGUAACCCAAACAUUUUGAGGAUACUCUGCGUGAGACACCAGGAACUGAUUCGAUAUGUCGGUAAACUUAACGAACAUCUCAGCAUAAUAAUAUUUAUGGAAUACAUGGUUUCAUCAGUUACGUUUGCAGCACAAAUUUUACAAAUCACUAGGGGCAUCGAACCUUUUAUAUCUUCUGUAAUAUUAACCUAUACCAUCAUACAAUUGCUGAUAUUUGCAUGGAACUGCAAUGAGAUUAUCAUCCAGAGCGCAGAAUUGGCCAAAGCUCUUUUCGAAAGUAACUGGUACGACUACGAUGCCAAGAUUACCGUCAUUGCGCAUAUAAUGAUGGUGAGAUGUCAGAAGCCGCUGAGCUUGAUGAUCGGCAGGUUCGGAGUUAUGGACUUGGAUGUUGGAAUCUCGAGGCUCAAACUGGCGUAUUCCUACGCCUCAGUAAUGACAAGUGGAAACAAGUGACUAUUUCGACAAUGUCGGUAGAUAAUAUUGUUAAAAUAAAUUUACAAUAGUGACACCAUAAUGACAAAUUACUACUACCCGAUGUACCCGAGAUAUAGUUCAAAUUUGUCGCAUUUAUCGUAGCAGAAUAAUAUUAAUUAAUUAUUUAUGACAACUUCUAAAUACAAACAAAAUGCAAAACUAAGCGUAACACACUUUAGCAUAAAUUUAAAUAAUCCAUAAGCGCAGAAAACAGGAAUUUAAUUAAAUGCUCUUGAGAAACAAACUAAAUAAAAUAAAAAUUAAAUAUAGUAAGCAAAUAAAUAAAUCAUCCGAUACGUUGUCAAUGAAACGGAUUAAAAGUGAUAUUGAUAAAAUCAUAACGAAGCUGAGAAGUGCGCUAAAAGCGGAGAAAUGGAAAAUAAAGAUCCAUCUCUCUGGUCCCCCAAUUCUGCGCAUCCAAACUAACCUGUCAAUAUAUUUUUAUUUAUUUCAUCUCUUUAUUGUCAUCAGUUUAUUAACCUUUAUCCAUAUUCCUACCUUCAAAUUUUAAAAGCGUCGCCACAAAAUUUCUUGCUGAUCAUCAGAUCAUCAAUCAGAAAUUAUCCGUAAUGUUUCGGAAAAAUCAUUCAUUAAUACAAAUGAGUUUCCAAUCGAUGUAGGUGCCUUUUUUGUAGCAUUUUGUUAUAUUCUAAUUAUAAAUUGCGAUGAAAAAUUGAGAAUAUUUUCCGAUACGUUUCAUGCAUCAAAAUACCAUAAAACCGCUUUAACCAAUGAAAAUUGCGUUCACACAUGUUUGAAUAAUUUUUGAAAGUAGGUACUCACCAAAUAUGGUAAAGUACAUGCAACUUUCCAAAAAACACAGUUGACACAGUAAGAAAAUAUCCUCUGCCUGGUAUUCUAUCCCGUAAAUAAUCCUUUAUAGAUUAUAUAUAUCGUCCCUGUAAUAAGCGUAUAUGUUUUCCUGUACUACUCUUUCAUUUACCUUGGGAAAAUUUCUUUUAAAAUACAUAGGGCACCUGAGCUCACAUCCGCGUAAAAAAUUAAAAACAUUUUCUGUUUUGUGUCUUUUUUCGGAUUUGCAAAAGCUUGUAGUCCCAGGUAUCAAUGGAAAAGUGAUUCCAAUUCAAUUCAAUUUGCAUUUUAUUUAUUGCUUUUACUGAAAUGCAACUAUCUCUCUAACAAGGAUCUCUAAAUGGUAACGCAUACUUAAUUCUGCCGUUAAUUUUAGUAGAACAUCUAUUGAAACACAUAGAUAAAAUAAACAAACUAAAAUUAACUUAAAACCGUUGAAUGGACGUCAACCCUGCAAAGAUAUCCACCCCCAUUCUAAAUGUAAGAUUGUGCAGUUUUCCCACAAGAAAGUUACCCACAUCUUUAAACUGGAUAGUUUUAUCUCGUUAUAAGAAGCGAUCUAAACAAUAUGUCAAAUAGAGUUCCAUUUUCGUGGAGAUUAAAUACCGUGCAAAGUUUAGUAUGGUUAACAUAUAGUAUAUGACAUUUAUACGUCAACUUUGUGAAGUGGUUUAUACUUCGCCGUUUAUCUCUUUCUUAAGCUUGAUGAUCGGUAGAUUUAGAGUUAGUUGGCUGUAGAUUAAUUAGAAAAGAUUCAGAAGAAAUGUUUGAAGUACCGUUAUUAUAAGAAGUAUGGUAUUUAUUAUUUUGAUACACCCUACGUCUUUUUGAUUGAGGAGUUUGGUGUUACACACUUGAAAAAAGAAGGAAAUUUUUUUUAUAAACUGGUUUAGGCCAGAAUAGAUUGUUCUUUUCUAAUUAGUGAAUUAAGAUUUAUUAUGCCUGCAUAUUUAAUAAGGAAUAAUAUCACUUUUGAACUACCUAGAGCUUACACUAAUCUAGAACAAAAUAAUAUACUGUACAGAAUGUGUAACUUAAUAAAUAGUGAACUCUGUGAUGGGACAUUUUUCAUAAUGGUUUCUGCAACUUUCGAACUAUAAUUUUAUAAAUUUUUAUAUUUCUUUCACAUUCCUUUUUUCUUUACUGUUGUUUACCAAUUUCCUGUUAUAUCAUAACUUAUGGUCAAUUAACUAUUAAAAUGUACGCGUUUGUUCUCUUUUUGUUGUUUGCUAACUGUUGAUUGAUUGUAAUCUGUUAUUGGGCGUUAGCCUGUUGAUUACUUUACUUCAAUAAAUAAAUUAAUAGGCAUGCUAAAUUUUCACUGAACUUUUGAAAAUAUUUGAAAUUACCCAGUUUCCUAGAGUUAUUGCUGGCAUUCUAAGACAUAUAUUUUAUUACGACUUUGCAAAUACACGCCCAAAAUUUACUCCCAUAUAAUAAGCUAAUAACAAUAACAAUCCUAUGAUUUUUGGUGCUGUUUUUUUUUUUCAGUUCCACAAAAAACACAACAAUGAAUGUGUUUUUUUCAUUUCACAUGCUCAAACUAGCAUAUUGCUACCCUUCAGUUAUGACAGGUGGAAACAAGUGAAUAGUUUCAUCAGAUUUUCUAAAUACAAAUAAACGCGAAAUUCUAUUUGGCAGAAACGAAGAUGUCGCAAAAAAUCGAAACUAAAUCUUAAUAAACUAAGCUUUUCCAUAUCUUGUCAUCACCAACGACGGCAGCCCUUUAACUGAACUAUGUUAUGCACGGUGGCGUCAAAGUAACAAACAAUAGAUUACAUGAUGAGAAAAUUAUCCAUCUGUUCUGCAAUUCUGCUCAUCCUCACUAAUCGCUGGUUGAUUCCUUCAUUUCUUCAUUGUCAUUAGACAUCUAUACAUAAGUAUAAAAACAAUCAAAUUACAAUAAUAUGCAACCAAUAUUCAUAGAUGAUGCCUAGUUUCCUAUCAUUUCGAUAUUUAUUUCAUAUUCUAAAAGC